AUGGAGGGGCUAGCUGCAGUGAGGGCUGCGCUCCGGCGCGUGCCCGCUGCGGAGGGGGCGUUCCAGAUGGUGCGCAAGCUGCUGGACGAGAGGCUUCCGGGGGACGCGUCGUCUACUAUCAGUGAUGAGGUGCUUCUUUUGGUGCUGCUGGCAGCGGCGGCGCUGCUCGUGGCGUGCGCGGCGGGGCUCGCUCUGCGGAGUGGAGGGGGCGGGAGCGGCCGCGUGCGGCGGAGAGCGGUGCUGGUCGGCACCUCGGGCACGGGCAAGACGGCCAUGUUCUUCAGGCUGACAUCGGAAUCGCAGCCCGUCGCGUUCGUCCCGUCCCUGGAGCCGAACGAGGGGGAGGUCAAAGUGGGGCCCAAGUCGGUGCUUUUGGUCGACGUUCCAGGGCACAACAAGCUGCGCGCGAGGGCGUUCGACGCGCACGCGCCGGCGGCGGGGGCGGUCGUCUUCGCCAUCGACUCCACGCACGUCCUCCCGGUGUCCCGGGAGACGGCGGAGGCGCUGAUGGCGGUGCUGGGGCACGCGGCGGUGGCGCGGCGGAGGGUGCCGGUGCUGGUGGCGUGCAGCAUGCAGGACCUCGGGCUCAAGGCGCACUCGCUCGAGUUCAUCCGGAAGCGCAUGGAGAAGGAAAUAACGGGGCUGAUCGAGACGAGGAAGGCGCUGGAGCAGGCGGGGGCGGCGGACAAGCUGGACCUGGGUCAGCAGGAGGCGGGGGGGUUUUCGUUUGCAGCGUGCAGGUCCCCGGUGGAGUUCGUGGGGGUGUCUGCGACGGAGCCGCGGCUGGGCGCGGUCGAGGCGUUCCUCGCGAAGCACAUGUGA